CUCUUUGUUGAUACAAAUAUUACGAUGUGAUUUUUACUUCCUUAUUAUAGAAUGAGCUUAGAGCUUUACUAGGCUUCUGAUGACUAAUUGAAGAGGUUUUUAAAUAAAAAAUCUCUCCGCAGCUUUACCGAAAUAGAUGGCUGGAAACGUUGAGGGAUAAAUUAAUAAACAAACAUUUGUGCUGCUGCGCGCAGUGUUUUAAAAUUUUUACAUUUUCUGGCGUAUAUGGUGUAACAUUUUUUCUGCAACAUCACAGAUGUAAAAUGAACUGUAGCUGGUAAUUGCAUUUUUUUUCCUGUCGCAAAACAGGAUUAGAUGGAGGAUUAUCUUCCCCGUGUUGAGGUUCGAGUAAUAGAUGAUGAAAAAGGUAAAGGACUGUUUGCAUUACGCAAGUUUAAUCCUGGUGAUGUCAUUUUUGAAGAAAGGCCAUUGGUGUGUGCUCAGUUUCUAUGGAAUCAAGCUUAUGGGUACCUUGCCUGUGAUUAUUGCAUGAGACCACUUGAAACUGCUGAAGAAAAUGUUAGAAGAUUAACUGGUAUACCCGAUCUUCAUCUUCCUUAUCCUGAAUGUUGUAAUACUAAAAAGGAUGAUUAUAUAGAAUGUUCUUAUUGUGAAGUUAGUUAUUGCAAUGUUCACUGCAGAGAACAAGCUUGGGAGCAAUAUCAUCAAGUACUAUGUACAUCAUCUUACCUUGGUAAUACUCAGCAUCCUUUGGAUCAACUUCAAAAUGCUUGGAGAGAAAUGCACUAUCCACCUGAAACUGCAAGUAUUAUGCUCAUAGCAAGAAUGAUUGCAACUGUUAAACAAGCAAAAGAUAAAGCUGGGGCUGCACAUUUAUUUUCUCAGUUCUGUCAUAAAACUCGUAAUGGUGAUAUUGCUCAUAAGCUUCUUGGACGUCAUUUUCAGAAUCAGAUUGAACAUUUGAGACAACUUAUGAUUAAAGGAUUGCAAGAUGAAGAUUUACUACAGUGGUUUACCAUUGAUGGCUUUAGAUCAUUAAUUGCUUUAGUUGGUACCAAUGGACAAGGUAUAGGGACUAGUGCAUUUGGUGUAUGGGUGAAGAAUUGUGAUGCUUUAGAUUUAGCUCAAGAUGAAAAAGAAAAAUUAAAUUCAUUUAUCCAUGAUCUUUAUAAGAAAAUAGAAAAUGAAACUGGACCAUUCCUAAAUAAUGAAGGAUCGGGUCUUUAUCCUUUACAAAGUGCAUGCAAUCAUAGCUGUGUGCCAAAUGCUGAAGCUACUUUUCCCUAUAACAAUUUUACUCUUGUUAUGGAAGCAAUAAAAGAAAUUUUACCUGGUGAAGCAAUGCAUCAGAAAUCUGAUUUAAGCUGUCGAUAUAAGACGAGCCUCGCAAUAUAACGAUUUGACAUGCAGGGAUCCUUGCCUACACUAACGCUGCUACCAUGCUGAUGAAGAUGAUUUUGAUUUUGUCUAGCUUCAAGGAUGUUGAUUUCGUCUAGCUAUGAAGAUGAUGUUCGUUUCAUGAUGCUGAAUGACCAAGAGCGAAUUAAACCAGAAGUCGCGGUUUCGUGCGAGGAUCAGCGUUGAAAUAUGCAAUGUACUGCAUCGCUUAUUUAUGCACCCUUUUUUUCCUUUGGGUUUUCACAUUUGUUUGAAGAUUUUUUUCAGGGGAACUUUCAUUAUUUUGCAAUCGCUGUGCGUUUAUUUAAUUGGUUUUUAACUUUUCUUGUAAAUUAGUAAUACAGUGUAAAGUCGGGUAUCCGGAAUCGGUGGGACUUCCAGAAGUCCGUAUAAUAGAUUUUUCCUUAUAAUAGACCCCCAAGGUAAACAGAGCUUAAAAUGAUUUAAUAAACGAUCUGAAUCUAAGAAGCAAAAAAUAAAUAAACAUUAUUUUUAAGGGGAAUAAUGUUUUAGCAUUAGAAUAUCUACUUAAUCAAAUAUAAGAUAUUAGAAAAAAAAUAUUAUUGCUAAAAAUAUGGAAAACGAAAAAAAUUUAACAGUUAUGAAAAUAUUAAUCCGCCAUUUUGAACUAGAACGAUUCAAGCAGGAAGGGGAAAUUCAUGUCAUUCUGGAACAAAGCUUAAAAUGAUCUAAAUGUAAGAAGCAAAAAAUAAAUAAACAUUAUUUUUAAGGGGAAUAAUGUU